AUGGUCACUCUGAGAUUGAACGCCUUCUGGGCACUGAUCACCCUCGGACAUGCCCUUCCCCUUGUAUCUCGCCAGUCGUCGAACUCCUCGGGUGGUGCUCUGAGCGAUAAGAUCACACAUGUCGUGUAUCUCAUGCUGGAGAACCAUUCUUUUGACAACAUUGCCGGUUACUGGGAUUUCAACCCGGCCAUCAACAACCUCCGGAACGUGACCUAUUGCAACGACUACACGAAUCCCAACUGGACGGUCUGGAAUGAGCCUCUGUCGAUUUGCGCGGGCCCAUUCGAAGACGAGGUCCCGCUGGUCGAUCCCGACCACAACUUCGCCGGCACCAGCUACGAGAUUUACCGCAAGUGGGAACCGACCGCGAGUGAUGUGCCGACCAUGGACGGCUUCAUCGAGCGACAAUCGGAAAAGUACAAUGCCACCCCCGGCGACGCAUCGUUCGUCAUCAAGGCGUACGACAAGGAGAAGACGAACAUCCUGGCCACGCUCGCUCAGAACUACGGCUUCUGGGACAGCUACCACGCCGAACACCCGGGACCUACCAACCCCAACCGGCAGUUCGCGACCUCCGGGUCCACCUGUGGUCUGGUCGAUAACACGGUCCAGGCCUACGGAUGGCAGCUGAACUCGACCGGCGUCAACUGCUCCAAGUCGAUCUUCGAGGCGCUGACCGACAAGGGCAUCUCGUGGAAGAACUACUACGAGACGGACAUCAUCGAUGCCUGGUUCUACGAAUGGGUCCAGGACAACGCGAAGGAUCGCCUGGUCCACUCCAGCGAGUUCUAUUCGGACCUGGCCAACGGCACCCUGCCGCAGUUCUCCUACUACAAUCCGGAAUGCUGCACCAUCGACUCGUUCCACCCGACCAGCAACAUGGCCGCAGGUGAACUGAUGCUCAAGCACUUCUAUGAUUCUAUCCGGGCAUCCCAAUACUGGGACAAUAUCCUCGUGAUCAUCAACUUCGACGAGCACGGCGGCUUCGCCGACCACGUCCCUCCUCCAGUCGGCAUCCCCGCGCCCGAGGACGGGAUCACCUUCUCGGGCGUCUCGGACGGCCACAAUGUGAGCUACGACUUCACCCGCCUGGGGAUCCGCGUGCCCGCCUUCGUCAUCUCACCCUGGAUCCCGCCCAACACCCUCAUCGGGCCGGGUACCAGCUACGCCGACAACUCGGCCUACACCCACACUUCGUUCCUGCACUUCCUGCAGAACCUGUGGGAUCUCGAGGGCCUCAAUAACCGCGUCCAGUGGGCCAUGACCUUUGAGCAUAUCUUCUCCGACACGCCGCAGGAGAACCCCCUGCCCAGUCUGCCGCAACCUGCUUGGUACGGCGGAUCCAACAAGCCGGAGCCUGAGGGCUUCUACCUGCUCAACCAAGAUGCCAGCUACUACUUGAACUUGCCAGCAUCUGCGGGAGCAGCGUAA